GGACAAUUUCCAAUGAGCGCUAGAUGGGUACUGCACAAAACAUAUAAACUGACCAAAAUCGCUCAUAUAUGACCAUGGAGGGGGAAACCUUGGAAUGUACGAGAUGCGGUCUGUCAAUUAUGCAAUGUUGCAGAAUUUGUUGCGAUCCAUACCUUCCUUUCAUUUAGACCUAAAAUGAUGAAACAGGUUCGAUACAAAUCAAAACGCUCAAAAUCAAACCAUUACUUGGGCGUAGAGAAUAAACUAAAGCAUAUUUUCAACAUGCAUCUUAAUUAAUCUCUUCCUAACAUAUGUGUCUAUGAACACUUCUCUCUCGUACACAUUGAACUCAAGCUCCAGACAAAUUUGGUCCUCAGUGAAAUAGAAUCCAUGGUUCUAUUUUCCUACAGGUUUCGUGGUUCUAUGGUGACUUUUACCAAGAAACCAAAGUGUCAAAACAAUAUAAGAGGUUAUGGGUUAUGGUUGUUUUUAAAUAUUUGGAAAGUGGAAACGUGAAUUGUUUUGUGGAAACUAUAAGAAACAUAGUAGAUUACACAAUUCAAGAAUGCCCGUUUGUUCAAUUCAUUGUGGUAGAAAUGCUGUACUCAAACGACCUAAAACCGGAGAUGCAUUGUGUAAAGAAUGUUUCUUCGAGGCAUUCGAAAGUGAAAUCCAUUUCACAAUUACUAGAGCAAAAUUAUUCAAGCCGAAUUCAACUGUAGCAAUUGCUGCCUCUGGAGGGAAAGAUUCUACAGUGUUGGCCUAUGUCAUGAAGAUGUUGAAUGAAAAGUAUAAUUAUAAAUUGAAGUUGUUCCUUUUGUCCAUUGAUGAGGGAAUUACAGGGUACAGAGAUGAUAGCUUAAAUACUGUUAAACAAAAUAGAGAUGAUUAUGAAAUGCCACUGAAAAUUUUAUCAUACAAGGAUUUGUAUGGAUGGACCAUGGAUGAAAUUGUUGCAGAGAUAGGCCGGAAAAACAACUGCACUUUCUGUGGAGUAUUUAGAAGGCAGGCCUUGGAUAGAGGAGCACAUUUACUGAAAGUAGAUUGUCUUGCCACAGGACACAAUGCUGAUGAUAUUGCGGAAACAGUAUUAAUGAACAUUCUGAGGGGAGAUGUAGCUAGAUUGAAUAGAUGUACUUCGAUAGUUACAGACAAUGGGGAUGGUAUACCCAGAGUGAAACCAUUAAAGUAUACAUAUGAAAAAGAAAUAGUCAUGUACGCUUAUUUUAAAAAACUGGUGUACUUUUCCACAGAAUGUGUUUUUGCACCAAAUGCGUAUAGAGGACAUGCUAGGAUGCUUUUAAAAGAUAUGGAAAAGAUUGAUCCAUCUGUAAUAAUGAAAAUAAUCCAAUCAGGUGAAACAUUAAAAGUAAAGUCAACAGCAAAGCUUCCAACACUAAUGAAUUGUACAAGGUGUGGAUAUAUUUCAUCUCAAGAAACUUGUAAGGCCUGUGUUUUACUAGAGGGAUUGAAUAAGGGAUUACCUAAGCUAGGCAUAGGUAAAUCAAGCAAAGUAAAAAAAGCUUUGGAUGACAUCCAGCAAAACGAUUCUCUAUGCUGUUCUGCCAGGGGGAAUUCUAAUGUAAAUAAUAUUAAAGAUUUAAAGGAUAAAAAAUGUUUAUGUCUUGGAUCACAAAAUGUACUAUCUGUACAAAUAGAUGAAAUAUCUUUAGAAAAGUUAACAGUAGAAUAAUUCAAAAUGUUUCACGAAUUGAAGGAAAUUAAAAUAUUUACAAUACAUAUGCUACUGAUUUCUUUUCUAUUAUCGCUCGACAUACUGGACAGUUUCCAGAUAUAUCUAUGGAACAAUCUUCACAAAGACACACGUGCCCACAUGGAAGAAGGAUUAUCUCUUUAGGAUUAGUUUUGCAAACAACACAUAGCUGAUUUUCUGGUACAUCUUCAUCUCUCAUUAUUCGCCUCCUUUCUCUUCUGGAUUCCUCUAGCUGUUUUUUCCU